AGGGGCUUCUGGGUGUCGGAGCAAUACGGGCGGCUGGGACCUGAGCUGAGUGAAAAAGCCAUCAGCAUCUGGGAAUCCAAGAACUUCUUCAUUGAGCUGGACCCGCUCCCCGGGGCUGUGGAAGCUGUGAAGCAAAUGGCAAAUUUGGCAGACACCGACGUGUUCAUCUGCACAAGCCCAAUCAAGAAGUACCGCUACUGCCCUUACGAGAAGUACGCCUGGGUGGAGAAGCACUUCGGCCCCGAGUUUCUCGAGCAGGUCGUUUUGACGCGAGAUAAGACGGUGGUUUCUGCUGACCUGCUUAUAGACGACAGACCUGAUAUAACAGGGGCUGAGCUCAACCCCAGCUGGGAGCACGUCCUCUUCACGGCCUGUCACAACAAGCACCUGCAGCUGAAGCCCCCCAGCCGCAGGCUGCAGUACGACUGGAAGGCCAUUCUGGACAGCAAACGCCUGCCGCCCAGCCAAGCCGCCUAA